UAUGCGUUUACUUACUUGGAAUGUGAAUGGCUUGAGAUCUCUCAUUCAGUAUCACCCGUAAGCUUUUGGUGUGAGCACAAAAAUUAUCAGAUCCUUUUAGAAACUCUCGAUGCAGAUAUAAUAUGCUUCCAAGAAGUAAAAUUAACUUUGGACCGUUUGGAUUCAUCAAUAGCAAUUAUUCCCGGAUAUGACGCGUAUUUUUCCUUUGCUAAAGGAAAACCUGCAUAUUCUGGGGUUGUCACUUAUGUAAAAACCAACUUAAUCACACCAGUGGCUGCUGAAGAAGGUAUUACGGGCAUUAUUAAUCAGCCCCCUGCAAAUAUGAAGUCUCCGUUUGACAAUAAUCAGUCGCUGUCCGACACCAGAAUAUGUUCUGAAAUAAGUGAUCUUACUACCGAUGAACUCUUGGACCUUGAUUCUGAAGGUCGAUGUGUUAUUUUGGACUUUAAAAUGUUCAUUUUAUUCAAUUUGUACUGUCCCCACGAAUCUAGUGUCGAACGUCUUCCUUUUAAAAUGAAUUUUUAUAAAAUUCUGCAAGCUCGUGUAGAAGCUUUACUACGAGCAGGUAGACAGGUAAUUAUAUUAGGCGAUAUGAAUGUAACGCACAAAGAGAUUGAUCACUGCGAUCCGCAGCGAUCAGUCAGAGAAUAUGAAUUAGAAUCAUUCGAUGACCAUCCUGCUAGAAAGUGGUUUGAUGGAUUUGUUGCACCAAAUGGUCCCAUGGUAGAUUUGUUUCGGAAGUUUCACCCAGAUGAGGAGGGAAUGUACACAUGUUGGAAUACUUUGAUUAACGCGAGACCAUCAAACUAUGGAACGCGUUUAGAUUAUAUACUUGUCAGUCAGGGCUUAGUGAAAUGGUUCAAGUCUUGUUCUGUUGAGCAACAAAUUAUGGGAUCAGAUCACUGUCCUGUUGUUGGUGAAUUAUAUGAUGAAAUUGAAGAGGAUGGUCAUAAAUAUAUUCUUAGAAACGAACUCAAUUUAUCGACGAAUAUAAAUCAUGAAAAGCCUGAGACGCCACGACUUUGUGCUAAAUAUUUGCCAAAAUUUAACGGAAGUCAACGAACGCUAAAAAGCUUUUUUAGCAAAGCAAGCACGAAAGAUGAUAAUUCUCAAUCAAGAAAUGGAUCAGAUGUUAUAAAGACACCGUGUGAUAAUUUAUCGAAAUCAAAAAAUGCUGACUUUAAUAUUGACAAUUUUAGAAAAAAAAAUUCAAAAUCUUCAAAUAAAUUAAUGAUGUCUAAGCCUAUAAAAUUUGGAGGACAUAAACAAAGGCAAAAGUCUGUGAUAUCGUCAAAUCAGUCAUCUCUGAUAUCUUACUUUAAACAAUCUACGCAAACUGAGUCAUCAUCUAUCAUACGCACCGAAAAGGAAUGCAAUUCAAAAAGUCUUGAAAGUUCUAGCAACGCAGAUUAA